GUCGUUCAAGUCCGCUGCAGAGCUUUGAAUGAAUCAGGGUACUGGAGCGACUGGAGUGAUCCUAUUAGUCCAAUCAUCAAGGACAUCAGAGCACCUGUAAAGGGGCCAGAAUUUUGGAGAAUUGUGCAAAGUAAUCAUCUACAGAAAGGAGACAAUAUUACAUUAAAAUGGCAGCCAGUGAAGGAUCCUUUCUUGUGCAGUCCUGUGGAAUAUGAAGUGUUAUACGAAAAGUCAGAUGUAGUUAUCUCAUCAAUAUAUAUUGGAAACUCCACAAACUACACAUUUGCUCUUCAGAAUAGUGUUGUUACCGUCACCACCGUCCGAGCACACAAUGCUCUUGGUCAUUCCAGUAUGAACCGGAAUUUAUUGCUAUCACAAAGGAUGAGCACAGUGCAGGCAGUGGAAUCUCUGGAGGUGCACCCACUGAACAAAAGUGUGGUCGCAGUGUGGAGUCUGCUUCCGGUGGAGUACAAAGUCCUCGAGUUUGUCCUGGAAUGGAAGAACCUCCGCGAUGAAUCCCAUGUGCGCUGGGAGUAUAUUCCCCCCAAUGUCAGCAGAUACUACAUUAAAGACCAUUUUUUCACCAUUGAAAAAUACCAGUUCAGCCUGACUCCAGUGUUUCUGGAAGGUGUCGGAAGCCCGAAAAUCACCUAUGAAUUUUCUAAA